AUGCAAGGCCUUAGGUGCCAACUGAUCUAUAUCGUAAAACUCGGUUCUGUACGCGCCACGAACUUCACCGCGCAGAGCGAUGGACAUUUGAUCACCACCGCCUUUCCUAACGAGGGAAACGUGGCGACACAUGCCUGCGCAGCAGGGGCUGCUCUUUUCCUCGUCGGUUCUCUCUACAAGUACGUGGGCCCUCGACUGUCCCUCUUGCUCGGCGGUUGGACCUACGCCCUUUAUGCGGGAUCCUUGCUCAACUUCAACCGAACCGGUAACGGAGACUUUGUGAUCGCGGCCGGAUCGCUGCUGGGUCUCGGGGCGGCCUUUUUUUGGGUGGCGCAGGGCACGAUCAUGGUGACUUACACGACAGAGCGCACGCGGUCCGGCACGGUGACCAACUCGACCUACGUGGCCUACCUGGUAGUCAUGCUACUUGGUUUGGCUUUGUCGCUGCUGGUCUGCUCAACUGACGUCCUCUCUACGCGCUAUCAGGGCCAACGCAUACAACACGCUGCCCAGCGACUUGAACUCCGGCACUGGGUUCGCAGUCUGCACGGUACCGCGCUGCAGACCUUGCGCGCCAUCGCUGACCCGCGUCUCAUCUAUGGUCGGCGGACUGCUGAUCGGGUCGAUCCUGGACUGGGGCCGCUGGAACCGUCGAACCCGUGCAUUUACCGGGUGGACGGUACUCUUCGUCACGGGCAUGGCUAUCUGGACGGCGGAUACGCGUUUCAGCGUGGGGUGGACUCUCAGGGAGCCGACUCCCCGAGGGUCGACUACCUGGAUGGCAGCCGAUACCUGGGCCCCAUGUUCCUGUAUUUCUUUUACGGCGUGUACGAUUCGUUCUGGCAGUCGUACUGUUACUGGAUGAUUGGGGCGCUAUCUUCCAGCCCUGUCGUCAAGGCUGCAAACUGCUGCUGUCACACCCCCCCAGCUCGCCGCACGCCUUAA